AUGUUCUUUCCUGCUUCCCACCAGCACCAGGUUCCCUAUAAUCAGAGCCUCAGUGUAGGCCAAGCGCAGGCCAUGGAAAGAUUGUACUUCAACUUCACCCCAGGAACAUCCACGGCCGCCGGCCCAUCAGUCUCUGCACUCUCGGCGAGUGCUAGCAUUCCGGGUGCCAUCCUUGCACCCCCAGGGCCAUCCACAGUUGCCGGCCCAUCUGGGAUGCAUGCUCCCUCAGGCCCCUCCGGUAGUCGCGUCACAGGGAGUUCUCAAAGCACAGGCAACCUCAGUGAAUCGGCCUCUGCAUUUCACCACAAUUAG